AUAGUGAUGACAAUACCAGCCUUUAGGUUUUUUGUGGAGUAGUGUUUCUUGGACUUCUCUAAACUCUACUAAUCUUAAUGUUACGAGCUAUUGCAGUUGGUAUCCCCAUUGGUCUUACCUUUGUGGAUUGCUUUGGUUAUGUUGCCAAGGUUGAAGGUAUAUCCAUGCAACCAGCCUUGAACCCUGAAAAUAAUGGCAAGAGUGAUUUUGUUUUUCUGAAUCGCUGGAGUUCCAGAUCUUUUCAUUACAGUCGUGGUGACAUGGUGUCUCUUAUAUCCCCUAAGGAUCCCAGCCAGAAAAUCAUUAAACGCAUAAUUGCCCUUGAAGGAGAUUUAAUUCGGACUAUUGGAUACAAAACCAGAUACAUACGUAUUCCAGAGGGGCAUUGUUGGGUAGAGGGUGAUCAUACUGGCCAUUCUUUAGACUCAAACUUCUUUGGACCAGUAGCAAUAGGACUUAUAACAGCCAAAGCCUCUCAGAUUGUCUGGCCUCCAAGACGGUGGCAGUGGUUGGAGAGUGAAUUGCCUGAUGAAAGAAUACCACUAAAUUUAAGGGAUGUCUCUGGAAGGAGUUUUGAUUCUAGUGAAGUAAUUGAUUUGGUAGACAUAGAAGAUUGA